AUGCCUCCUUUACCAUCGCAAGCAGUCCUACUCAAGGAGUACAAGGAAUUGAGCAAAGAGAAAUGGGUUAAUAUAGACCUCGACGAAGAAAAUAUCUACCAAUGGAACCUGGCUCUCAUGGUUCUUAACCCGGAUUCCGCGUACGCAGGAGGCUAUUUCAAGUGCCAGUUAAAGUUCCCAGAGAAGUACCCUUAUGUGCCACCGGAUUUCCGCUUCACCCACCCUUUGUGGCAUCCAAACAUCUAUCCGGAUGGUCGAAUCUGCAUCUCGAUUCUACACGCUCCUGGCGAAGAUGUCAUGUCUGGCGAAUCUGCUGGUGAACGAUGGUCUCCUGCACAACGUGUAGAGUCAGUCCUCAUUUCAAUCUUGUCCCUGCUCGACGACCCUGAGAUCAACUCUCCCGCCAAUGUUGAUGCUAGCGUCAUGUAUCGAGAUGACAAGACUACUUUCACGAAACGAGUCGCCGACGAUGUUGAGAAAUCCAAGAAAGACAUUCCAGAAGGCUUCGUUAUGCCUGUUCAUGAAUUCACGCGAGCUGCGACUCCAAAGGCGGCUAACGAUGACGACUUCUGGCAAGACUCGGACCAAGAAUCAUUUGACUUUGACGAUGAUGACGACAUGGGCUCUGCGACUGACGAUGAGCAGCUUGCGGAUUCUGAAGUAGACGAAAACGCAGAUGAGUCUGAGGAUGAAACUACUCAACCUUGA